AUGAAUCACCUGGAGGUAUCCCGAGAAGCUCGCUUGAAGAACUGCCCUAAGUAUCAUGAUGCUGCAGUUAAACUGGUCUAUUGUUUAGCACAGGGCUCCAUGGUCCCUCCUCCGCUGUCAAAUGUGGCAGAGUUAUUUCCCUUUGUCAACCCCUAUGAGGGCUACCUCCUUUUGCUGGCUUUGUGGAGAUAUAUUAAGGACAAUCCACCAUCAGAGUUUGAGAAGGAAGUUACAAGUCGCACCUGUGACAGCUCACAUAUGUAUGUGGUCAACUCAAUCAUACAUGCCAACAUCAACCACAUGGGCCAUCUGUGUCUCCGUAUGUUCAACAUGUGA